CAUUACAUGGAAGCAGUGUGGUUUCUUUACAAUUUCCGUGAAAAUAGCUAUAGACAGAGUUUUAAUAGUUGACAUAUUUAUUGUUAUAUUAUUUGAUAUACUGAGAUAGUGUUACAAACAUUGGAACAAACAGUAUCAAGUUGUUUAAAAAAGAUCUCUGAAAAUAGUUGUGAAUGUACUGAGACUGGACAUCUUAGCCAGAAAAACAUAACAUUGAUGUCAGUUUUUGUUUGCAAAAUAGAAGAGAAAAUCAAACUGUAUGUAAAACCAUGGAUUCACAUAAAGACAAUUCAAUUUUGAAUAAACUGAAUGACGAAGAAGUGAUCCGACAAAUUCCGCUAAUAAUAUAUCUGACAAUACUUAGUAUAUCUGGGAUUGCUGGAAAUUCUUUGGUGUGUUAUGUAUUUGCAAAGAAGUGUUCGAUUUCUACAUACCACAUUUUUAUAACUGUUCUUUCAAUAAUUGAUCUGUUGACAUGCUGUGUUGCUCUGCCGCUUCAACUGAGUUUGCAGUUUUGGCAGUAUACUUUCGACAGUGUAUAUCAUUGCAAGUUCGCGUUAUUUCUAAAUACAUGGACAACAAUUACAUCUGUCGUGCUAUUGCUCUGCGUUGCCUUUGACAGAUACCGCAGGGUGUGUGCACCAUUUAGUUGGCAAGUUUCGCUCAGAGCGGCAAAACGUAUAUGCGCAGUUUCACCAGCUAUUGGGCUUGCAUGUUCUUGGAUUUCUCCAAUAAUCUAUGGUAUACAGAAAAGAGAACACAGUUUUUAUAACAUAACAAUAUCUCGAUGUGGUGUAACAGAGGAUAUGAAAGAAACAUUAUUUCCGCUGAUAAACAAUAUAGUUUUUGCAGUUCUCUUUCUAGGAGCUUUAACCGGUAUCAUCAGUUUUUACUGCCGUAUAACAGUGCGUGUUAAACAGCAGAUGAAAUGGAAAUACAGGUCUAAGGGUGGAAUUGAAAUCCGUGAAAAAGAAAUCGAAAUGACUUCUGUAUCUAAAGAAACAGUUGAAAAACAAACAGACGAGAUAUACGGAUUGGAUAGUACCACAGCUGAAGACAAUGAUACACCGGAUUCCGUUUCAACAAAUAAAGACAGAGGGAUCAAACAAGACACUCUCGAGAUCAAGAGAAACUGGAACGACGACAAGAACAAAACUUCAUCUCCAAAUGUUAAUUUAUCAAGGUCAAAGAGCAACAGAACGACAUUGAUAAUGUUAAUAGUUUCCAUAGCCUUCAUAAUCUCAUAUGUUCCACUGAUUUCGUUACUUCUGAUCCGAUCAUUGAACAAAACUUUCGUGGCCUCUUUGAAUGAUGUGGAUAGAUCCGUGUAUAAGUUUUUUCUGAAGUCGUACUAUCUAAACAGCGCUGUCAAUCCUGUGAUAUAUGGAAUACUUGAUGCUAGGUUUAGAAAGUCAUGUAAAUUACUAUGUUCGCGUAGGCACGUGUUGAAGAUAAGAAAAUAAUGAAAGGUUUACAAAUCGAGGAACAACAAUGAAUACAAUUCUAAAAGAAGUAUCAGUUUAUUAAAAAUGCUUGUAGUGAUUCUACUCAAGUUUACUUAAGAAAUAAUAUAUUGCGGAACCAAGUUUGAACAUGUCGAAACAAUACGAUGAGGUUACACGCUUGCGGAAUAAUUUAAGGAGAGCGUUGCACGAGCGGCGUAUAACCGACUCGUAUUGCUGAGAUAUAUUUUAUAUACGAUUUUGAUUCUAAUAUGUAUUUUACGUAAACAUGUAGAAGGCACUAUUUCAUGACGCAUGUGUAGCGCCAAAUAGAGCAGAUCAACGUGACGUCAACGGGUAGCAGAGUUUAAACAAAGUUAAAAUGCGGGAAGUACCAUGACCCACGGAAUAUCUUAGGAAUACGUAGACGUCAAACGCUAAAUGAUAGAUAACAGUGUAUGUGAAUUUAGUGUAACACCGGUCUGUCAUAUUAAUUCUAAAACGUAUUUUAUAUAAAGUUAUAGAUCAAAUGUGGUAGCAAUAUUUCUCGGCGCCUGUAUGGUGCCAAAAAUAUGUCGACCCGACAUCAAUUGUUUUCGUGUUUUAACAGGAAUGUGCUUGGUAUUUUUUUUUUAAUUUAAAUUUAAAUUUUAGCGUCCGUCUCGCUAUGCACCCUGUAUCAGCAGAAAGAAAAGAAGUAGUACUGUUUUGUUUGUUUGGACUUACCAGUAGAGGUAUCCGAAGGCAGUGAGAGGGUUUGCUUUAAGUCUUUGCAAACUUUAAAAUUUGAAGAUUUUCGGGUACAUUCAUGUAUGACUCAGCAAAAA